CCAGGCCGCCGUUCUGCUCCGGUGGCCCGUCUCGCCUCGACCGAGCAUCGAUCGACUUUUGGCAAACCCAAGCCCGGCACCAUGUCAGAGCAUCACCUCUACCAAGCAGCCGGGGCCGGCCAGUCCAAGAGAAGGCUGCAGCGUCCAGAUUCCACCCUUCUCACGCUCUGGCCAUGCAAAUCCUCCUCGUGUCAUUCAUUCUGUAUAAGUUCUCUUGCUCUCCCUCUUCGGAUUAUGAUACGAGAUCUUACUCUUCACUCGCGCCUUUCCCUUCCCUUCUUUCCCCCCUGCAUUCGUACUUCCUUCCUCCACUCGUUCGCCGGAAGAGUAACCAUAAUUACUUAAUUUUCACUCGCUAGACCAGGUCUGUCUAGUCUUGAGUGCCCAAUAUGUUGCGGUCUCUCUUCGCCUUGGCUUGGGCCAACACUGCCCUUGCCGCGACUGUGACCUACAACUGGGAGGCCACUUGGGUCAACGCUGCCCCUCUCAAUGUCUCGAGGGCUGUCAUUGGUAUCAAUGGCCAAUGGCCUUGCCCCAAGAUCGAGGCCACUGUGGGAGACACCGUCGUUGUUCAUCUCACCAACAAACUUGGCAACCAGACCACCGGUAUUCACUUUCAUGGCAUCGACCAAGUCAGCACCAACUGGAUGGACGGCCCCAGCAUGGUUACUCAAUGCCCUCUCCCUCCGGAUAUGACCAUGACCUACUCGUUCACUGCUGAUACGGGCGGCACAUACUGGUGGCACUCUCACAACAUGGGCCAGUAUCCCGACGGCAUGCGUGGUCCCCUGAUUAUUCACGACCCUGCGGACCCCUAUGCUGGGCAAUACGACGAGGAGUACAUCCUGUCUGUUUCAGACUGGUACAACUCGGAGACCAUUCCUCUUGUACAGAACAUGCUGCUUCCGUCCAACACUCGCUUCGCGCCCCCUAUCCCUGACAACAUGGUCGUCAACGAUGGACUCGGCGCCAAGUUCAAGUUCGAGAAGGGAAAGACCUACCGCAUCCGCAUGAUCAACUUCGCCGCCUUUGCUUCCUUCAUGAUCCACUUCGACUCUCACGACAUGAACGUGAUUAUGUCCGAUGCUGCCUACAUCAAGCAGAAGACCUCAUACAUGCUGCGUAUUGCUCCCGCUCAGCGUUAUGAUGUUCUCAUCAAGUGUAUUGACCGCGAUAACCGCAACUAUGGUUUCCUCAUCGCCGCCGAUAUCAAUCGCGACUACAGCAACAAGGACUUUGCUCAGAGCUGGCCCUUCAACUACACCGGACAGCUGGUCAUGUUCCCUGACAGAGCCUUCGGUACCGACGUUGUCAAGGAAUGGCGUCCGUCUGACGAUGCCGUCUUCGAGCCCUACGGAGACGUUGCCAUCCUCCCUGCCGCCACCAAAAUCUACCAGUUCGACUGGGCAUUCUGCUUCGACAAGAACGGCAUCCCCCGCGCUUGCGUAAACGGCACCCCCUACGUUGACCAGAAGGUGCCCACCCUCUACACGGCCUCCACCACCGGCGAGAACAACACCAACACCCUCGUCUACGGCGCUGUCCACCCCUUCAUCGUGAAUUACGGUGACAUCGUUGACAUCGUCGUCAAUAACAACAACGAGGCCAUCCACCCCUUCCAUCUCCACGGCCACCACUUCCAGGUUGUCAGACGCCCCGCUUCCGGCACGGGCGUCUGGCCCGGCGUCGCCCGCGCCCGCCUCAACCAGAAGCCCCCGCGCCGCGACACCGUCUCCGUCAUGGGCAAUUCUCACGCAGUCCUACGCUUCGAGGCCAAGAACCCCGGCGUCUACCUCUUCCACUGCCACAUUGAGUGGCACGUGGAGAUGGGUCUGACCGCUACCAUCAUCGAGGCUCCUGAGAGACUCCGCAACCUCACCAUCCCUGAUGAUCACAAGGCUGCCUGCCGCGCUCAGGGUAUCCCCACUGCUGGUAACGCUGCCGGUAACACGGCCAACGUGCUUGACCAGACUGGCAUGAACCUCGAGCCUUUCCCCACGUACACUGGUGCCGCCUACAACCCUCCCGCCUCGCCACCCACCAAGCGUUACAAUGCUCCGGCCCACCCUCCUGCUCAGCUCCGCGGACGCACCAUCCGCCGCACCGGUCUCUCGAAGUAACAGAGACCUGACACCUCAUCUCUCCUUAAUUUCUUUUUUCUUUUCUUCUUUUCCUGAAUGGGACUCCCAGUACCGUUCUUGUAAAUAGUACCCAUGAUGCCAUGUGGAUAUGCAUAGGACUUAUUGUUUUGUCGGAGUUGAUGACGAUGAUGAAGGGAAACGGGUGAGAGUGGGUGGUGAUGGUGGGUCAGUCGGACUAAUAUGUAAUAACGGCCGCUCUACUACGAGCGACUUCUUCCACUGCCUCUCUUUUCAUCCAUCCGUCUCGCUUCCCUUGUGGUGUGGCGUUUUGGUAGCGCCGAAGUUUGGCACGGGAGGUCUGACGAUCCUGGUAGAUUGAGAUGAAUUCCUUUGAGAAAUGUAGAUGAUGGAGACGGUUGGGGGGUAUUAAAACAUAAAUAGGUGGGAAAAUGUGGGGAAUAAUGAGGAGGAAGUUGUUGACUCUCGCCAUCUUGACUUCUUGCAGUGAAUAUGAAUUCUCUUGGCUUGUCGAACUUGCAGAGCUUUAGCUAUGACCACGGGAGCGAGUCGUGAGAACUUGGUCUCGCUGCCCUUGACAGGUGUGUGCAAAGGUUGGGCCCUCUGGUCUGCCGAAGGAAAGAAAGCAGGACAGGAAGGGUAUGCCGGCAUGGAAGUUCGGAUGGGUUUGACGCAUGUCAAUGGUUUUGACGCCGAGGCUGGCCGGUCAUACGGUCGAGCAUGAACAAUUUAGAUUCCCCAAGAACCUCGGCAUCUCCCGAAUCCUCAAAUAUUUGAGCAAGAUGGCCGCAGAGCGUUAAACGGACACUGCAAAACAUAAUUUUGUGCCGCAGGCAAGGCUGUCAAGGUUCGGAGACAGGAACUGGGAGAAGGAUGCCAGACAAUGACGUGCCUAUCUCAUGCGAUUCCGCGUUUCUGAAGGGUUUGAAACAAAACAAUCAGAGGUGAAGGAAGGGCAGAACACAGAACUCUGCGUGCCAGAACUUCGGAUGAAAGCUGAUGUGAGGCAAGAAGGCGUUGGCUUCCGGACGAACACCUCCAUGUCGAACGACGAACUCGCCCUUAUACGGUGACAGUCAUGUCCCUGUGAACACGCGCGCCACCGUCAUGUUUCGAGGGAUAUUUGUCAUUAGAGAUUUCGAGAAGAUGUAAGUUUGAAGAUAGAGACAAAGAGUACGAGUCUC